GUUUUAUGAACGGUUACCUAACGAAUACUGGCUCGUUUCCCGAAAUCGCGAAAAUUUAUCACGAACACCACUGUAUAAGUUUGUAAAUAUAUUGAUAAUUAACUGGAUAAAUAAACAAAGAUGUGCCUUGCGUACAGGUAUACUCUCAAUGGAUUUCGAUUUGGAUUAGCAUCUCAUCUUCUAAAGUUAACUUGGUAUUGGUAGAAAUAUUCACAUCAUACACUUUAUCACUAUGUUUAUGUGGAUAACACCUCGAAACAAAUAUUACAUAGCUUGGACUAUGCUACUUCUGAUUUUUUCUAGCAAGUCAAAAUGUGACUAUGAAGACCUCGAGCCUGGACAGUGUGUCUCUAGAUUCGACUACGAUUAUAAAGUGAUGCAGAAAUUGUUGCAGUUUGAAACAAAAAUAGAAGCACAGGCUAGAGAAAUCGAAGAGCUGAGGCAGAGAAAUACAUGUUCAUGUACAGAUUCUCAGAAGGUUGCUUUCAUGGCAGAGUUGUCAAAAGCCAUCAUUAAUCCGCCGACUGGUACAAUUGUUGUUUUUGAUAUUGUCCAUACGAAUGACGGAGAUGGCUACAAACCUGGACCGGGGAUUUUCAUUCCUCCUGUGACUGGCACAUACAACAUAAACCUUGUUGCAAGUUCGGGAACAAAAUUAGCUUCAGAAUAUCUUCAUUUAUACAUUAUGCACAACACGACAAAGGUUGGAUAUAUCUUCCUAGAUGCAAAUUCAGACUAUUCCUUGAUAAGAUCGACGGCAAUUGUCCUGGAACUGCAAGCUGGCGAUUCCGUGUUUGUUAAAGUUGGAAACAGUUCACCGAGAGGAAGACUUGAAGGAUGUUGUUUUCAUACACUCUUUAGUGGUUUUCUGAUCAGAUAACACUACGCAAUAAUUAACACAGACCGGUUAUUUGUCUGACACUCAAAAGUAAAAUAAUAAAGUAUGUAAUAUUAUAUAUCUUAAGGGGGUAGAAUACCUUAACACUUGUAUGUGCGCAUGCCCAACCGGAAGCUAACGUGACGAUGUACGACAAAAUGUACGACAAAUUAAAUGUGUUUGACCAUUUAUUCUUCUGAAAUAAAAAUCAUUAACCUGUCUCUGAUCUGACGCUUUAUGGUUCAAUAAUGCUGAAAUAAUGAAUAAAUUACCACAGAAACGCUACAAAACAUUGCUGCCUUUAAAUGACGUCCUGGACGUAAUGACGUUAAGUGUCAGUUACCGCGUCAAAGUGAUAGCUUUUAUCUUGAAAGUACGUAAUUCUGAGCAGUUAGUUUGUAUUUGAACUAUUUUUAAACAACCAUUUUUUGCCGAAAUAUUUUUACGAGUCUUUCACUCUGAAUAAUGAUCAGUAUUUUGCUGCUAGGUAUAGAGCUACGACCUCCUUUAGUUUACUUAUCUGUGUUAUAAUUUGCUACUUACAUUUCGAUUAAAUAUGUUUCACAUCGAUUUAGUUUAUGCAGUUCUAUCAACAAAUUUCACACACAUCUUCAAGAAAAGGUCAUACAUGUAUUUCAAGAAAUUCAUUUCUUAGAAGUCAUGAUAACUUUGAUAAUACAAUGGCGGCAAAAUCUUUGUUAUGAAUCUUAACAUAUUAAUUUCUUGUUAUUUACUGUUUUCGUUAAUUGCUAUAUCAUACAUUUGUCACAUGUUUG